AUGUCAGCUGGGAGAACUACAGAGGCCGCCAGUCUAAGCUCUUCGGACACCCUGAUGAUGAAAGUUGAUGACAUUCAGCGGCACUUUGUUCCGGAAAUCUGCCAUAUAGUUGCCUUUGAAAAACUGGACCGGAGUGGGAAUGGUAGCCUGACGCAAAAGGAGUUUGAAAUGGCGUGCUGUGCACUCUCAGUGGAGUCCGCACAUCUGAGUAUUAGUGAAAUGUCGAUGGAGACGCUCGUACGGAGACUCGACACCUUUCUCAACGCAGCGUGGUGCUUCUCGGCUCUUUUUAUUCUUACCGCAUGCGUUCAUUCUCAGCUCUAUGGAUCACUGGUGGCAGUCGGCGGUUUUCUUCUAGCACUAUCAUGGCUCUUUGGUGGUAUUGCGUCGGAGUUUCUUUCUUGUGUUUUAUUCGUAAUUGUUGUGCAUUCCUACGACUGCGGGGACUUAAUCAGGCUAAACUCCGAGACGCUUCAGGUCAAAGAGAUAUUCCUUUUGAAUACGCGGUUCAUAAGCUCUCAAGGACAUACGGUACUAAUUUCUAACUCAGAGCUUUCUCGGAGCAAGAUGGAAAACUUUCGGCUGACUCAACCAACGGAAGAGUUCACAGUUGAUGUAGACUACGCGACCACAAUGGAUCAGCUUGACGAUCUGCGGGACAGAAUGUUGAGAUUUCUUCGUUCCGAAUCGCGCACAUAUAUUCCUGAGUUUCGCCUCGUUAUCCAGGAUAUUCCUUCCCAAGGAUGCCUUCGUCUCACUGUUCCCAUCCUGUACAAAGCCAGUUGGCCUCGAAACAUUGAACAUGGCAAGUUUAGAAGUCAGUGGCUGUACGCCUUCAAAGAACAAUUGCGGAUUGUGAUGAUAUGCGGUCCUGUAUGA